GUUAUCGCAUUGUCAAAUGCAAAUAGUCUCUCUUCUUCUUGACUUAUAAAAGCGCGUCUCGCAAUGCAACAUUUCUCCAAAACGACGGAGAAACUGGAGAAUACGAAUGAGAUAUAGUGUUCAGUUAUCCAAUCGUAGCAGGAAUAUUAUGGAAUUGAAUAACGCUGAGUGAAUAAAUAAUAUCGAAGUGGGUGUCCCAAGAUAUUGCGGAUUUCAUAAUCUCAUUCCAUGAUUAAAUCUCGAAUCGAGGAGAGAGCAGGAGAAUACGUGUACUAUUCCAUUGCCUGUCUUAUUGCAAAAUUUAAUAUUGUGUAAAAUACUUUGUGAAGAUUUUGUUUAAACAUAAAGAAUUCUAAACAUUGAUGUGUAAUCGAGUGUCAAAGGUGCUGAUAAUAAACUGCGGUGUCACUGAAACAUUGCUGUUUCACCACGCAGAAUCUCUCGAAGUGGCGAACGGUAUGUACCAAAGGCGUGCAUUUUCUAAUUGUAAGUAUUGGAAGUAUUAUAUAGCGUCGCUUUUACCGAAUUGAAUAAAAGAACGAUAAUUUGUGGAUUCGUUUAAUCCAUCACCUUUGGAUGAUUUAUAUUGUUUACAGAUUACGAGAAUGGAUUUCAUCUCUUUGGCGCUGUACGCUCUUUGCAUUGUUCUGAUUUUCACAAUUCUGCCGAUAGUGUAUCAUCAAUAUGUUAUUCGACAGAAACUUAAGAAAAUUCCCCAAACCGGCGGAUACCCUUUCAUCGGCAUAAUAUAUGAAUUAAUGAAUCUGUCAGAUUACGAACGCAUGAAAUGGUUUCUGAGGGCUAUGAACAAUCAUAAAGAAGGAAUAUUUGUACAAUGGGUUGGAAGCAAGCCUUUUAUUGUCGUGUAUAAGCCAGAAUAUUUAGAGCCUAUUUUUCCUAGUACUGUAAAUAUUACAAAAGGAGACCCUUAUAAUCUCUUGAGACCUUGGUUGGGCAACGGACUUCUGACCUCUACAGGUAAACAGUGGUUCCACGACAGGAAACUUAUCGGGCCAACGUUCCAUUUCAGCAUAUUGGAUCAAUUUGCUGUGGUUUUAUCCGAAAAAGCGGAGCUCCUAACAGAGUGUCUUGAAAGAGAGAUAGAAACGGAUUUAGGGAAAGCCGUUGAUAUUUUCCCUUUUGUUGUCAAUGCUGCUCUUGAUAUUAUUUGUGAAACGGCAAUGGGGGUAAAUAUACGUGCUCAAGAAACCGUGACGAAAUAUACUUCAACAGUACAUACAGCCUCGAGAUUAAUAAUGGAUCGAAUACUUCGGCCGUGGUAUUGGAUUGAUUCGUUGUACUAUUCACUGCCUGCAGGAAAGGAAUAUCAAUCAACGCUUAAUACAUUACACGGAUUCACUAAAGAAGUGAUAAGUAAAAAAAAAGCCGAACGACAAUCACAAAGCUACACAGAACUCCAAAAUGAAGACGAUGAAUUUAACAUAGGUAAGAGGCAGAGGAAAGCGUUCCUGGAUCUAUUAUUAGAACAGAAUGCGAAAGACGACACUCCCUUGACUGAUGAUGAGUUGAGAGCUCAAGUCGACACGUUCAUGUUUGAGGGACACGACACAACUGCGGUUGCGAUAACUUGGGCACUGUUUCUUUUGGGCAAUAAUCUCGAGCAUCAAGAAAAAGUUCAUGAAGAACUCGAGGAGGUUUUCAGAGAUUCGGACGCGCCAGCCAGUGUUAAGGAGUUGUCGCAAUUGAAGUAUCUCGACAGAGUCAUAAAGGAGACACUGCGAAUAUUUCCAAGUGUACCUUUAAUCUCGAGGGAAUUAACCGAAGAAGUAAAAUUAGAUAAUUAUACAAUUCCGAAAGGUGUCAAUGUCACGCUGGCAAUUCAAUUAAUCCAUCGAAAUCCGCAGGUUUGGCCGGAUCCAACCAAGUUCGAUCCGGAUCGCUUUCUUCCAGAAAACUCAAAGAACAGGAACCCGUAUGCCUACGUUCCGUUCAGCGCUGGACCGAGAAACUGCAUAGGCCAAAGAUUCGCUCUACUUGAAGAAAAAAUCGUAUUGACUGCUAUUCUGAGAAAGUGGAGGGUGAGAAGCGCGAAAACAUUUGAAGCAAUUAAGUACGGCGGCUCUCUCAUUUUGAGACCAAGCGAGGGAGUAUACAUGUACCUCACUCCAAAGAAAUGAACAGUUUCCUAAAAAAUAUAAUAUAUAUGGACUUAUUUAUAAUGCAACCUUAAUAAUCAAUUACAAAAUUAUUAUUGUUGAGAAUGGACUGUCCCGCCGUAAUCCUCUUACUAAUUGCUUUUUACUUUCAUAUACAGAUGGCACACAUCUCACUGUUGUCUUUUGGUUAUGUUAGUCUCGCUUCUACUACUGUGCGUACUGGCUUGUAUGUGUGCCACACGUUUUUCUGUAACUCUUGCCUUUUUCUAUUAAAUCUUCAAGUAUUUUUCACUUA